AUGGCACCCCUCGACUAUCUUCGAUCAACCCCUCGAGCCAAUAUAGAAUCAAAUUCAGCCGUCAGAGGCAGUAUCAACGUAAGCGCCACUACCAUAUCCAUUCUAGCCUCAACGCAUGUACGAUAUCAAAGACGGUGUAUAAAUCCAAUUCGAAAACACAUUGAUGUCAAUUCCAAACGUCAAUUAACUUUAGACGUAUCCACACCCACACGUACCGCCGCCACAAACGCCAACACGACCCGACGAACUGCUAAUCCUACCCUCAAUGACCUAUCACGUGAAUACACUACCUCUCGCGCAGCUGCAGCUACUACUGCUCCGUCGAUCAGGACUACGAGGUCUGAUAAUCCCACCAUUGUCGGGAAUCUCGAAAUCAGCAGUAGCAGUAAUACCAGAACGGCAAAUGAUGGUGAAGCAACUUCGACUGAAGGUGAUGCCGAUGAGGGUACUUCUUCGCCCUCAUCCACAUCCACAUCAUUCACACGAACAACCACUAUCCACUCUUCUUCUUCCUCCGACAAACCAGCCUCGUCUUCCUCGGUAUUCAAAUCAGGUACUAACAGUUCGAAAGAAAGUGAAAGUGAAAGUUCGAUUCUCUCUUCGGCAGUAGCCACCACAAACUUAUCAUGGUGGCAGCUCCUCGCUUUGAUCAUCUGCGGUAUUUUAGCGUUGUCCGUGGGAAGUUGGUUAUUUUUCAGACAUCAACAGAGAAGGAGGAACGAGAAACAGCAGAAGAAAAAGGAAGAGAUAGAGAAUGAGAUAAAGAGGAAAAAAGAAAUGAAAGAUGAUCAACGUUUCAAGGCAUUGGCUUUUGGACAUAACUCUCGAAGAGGGAGAGGAAGGGGGAGGUAUGAUAGUGAUGAGUAUGAGGAUUAUUGGACAGAUAAGUAUAGUGAUGGAGGUACGAUCCGACCUUCUCGACGGCGUAAAGGCCGACGGCGUCCCCCUCGUCGAUAUCGUCGUGAUGAUAGAAGGAGAAGGAGAGAUGAGUAUAGUGAGGAUGAUGAUGAUGAUGAUGAUGAUGAUGAGACAUAUAGUAGAAGUAUUGAACCAAAAUCUGCAUUUUCUUUCCGACCCAGUCCAUCCACCCACUCCGGUACAGGUCAAGGUCUGAAAUCAGCUUUGACUAAGAAAAAGGGGUUCAGAGAUUCGGUAUUUUCGACAUAUACGAGUAUGAAGAAAGCUGCCAUCAAACAUAAAUACGUGGAGGCGAAAAUUAAAUUGGAUGAACAAUUGAAACAGGAGGAGGAGUUGGAGAAUCAGAGGAAGAUGAAAGUUUUACAAGCGAAUAGGGAGAUUGAAGAGUUCAAUAAAGCGGAGAUGCAAAGGAAAGCCACGUUGGAGCUAGCUAAUGAGGGGAGUGGGAAUAGGGCGGGAAUAGGAGCGCAUAAUGAUAUUUCGAGACCACCUAAUGGACAACAGCAACAGCCACAAUGGGGACAUAGGAAUGGUACUCGAAAUGAUAAUGAUUGGAAUGGAAAUGGGAAUGCCAAUGAUAAUUUUCAUGGGACAAACGGGAAUGAUCAGAAAUGGUCAGGUAGGAAUGGUGAAAUCACUCGAGGUAAACUCCUAAUCCCACCGGUUCCCCGUCAACCAUCCAAGACACGCUCAACUCAUGAGAUACCCACAGCUGCAUUACUCCCUUAUCAAUCUUCACCAAUGAAGGAAAGUAGCCAUUCGUUAGAUGGUGAAAUAUCCAAUUUACUCGGUAACUCUUCUUCCCCUUCCUCCACUUCUUCCUCUAAACGACCUGUACCUAGUAGACAAGCUACCAGUAGAGAUGAUAAGCGAAAGGGAGUUUUGAAGAAUUCUACUACCGAGAUUGAUAUUGCAAGACCUAAACCAACUUAUCAACCUUCCACUUCGUCCACGACUUCUUCGGGGUUCAGUAGUUUGAGAGAUGGUAGAGAGAGACCGAAAGCCAAAAAGGGGUAUACGAACCCUUUCCAGAUCGAUUGGUUAAAUAAACCAUCUACGACUGUAUCUUCGCCUACUGAAGUAGAACCUCCCCCAAUAUCUCCCAGGUACCAACCUCGAGAGGAUGUAAGUGUUAGUAUGAGACAUCCUCAUGAGAGACCCGUCUUACCGAGACAGAGACAGGGAGUAGAUGCAACUGCUGGACCAGUCAGUCUGAGAGGUAAGGGAAGUGUAGGAUUUGGUUUAGGCGAUGAUAAUCUAAGUACGAAUUCCAGUGAAAGAGGAGAUGGUAAGAAAUGGGCCAAUAGGUUGAGAGAGAGAAGGUAA